ACUUUUGGACUCUUUUGAGCUUCUUGGACUGUCGAAAGAGGUCUGCGUGGUCUGCUUUUAUACGAGUCUGGCGGCGAAUAUUCCUCUUCUUACUCCUUUAUCAAGCAUCAGGCCGAAGUGACAGCUCUCUUUCACAUUUUCCAUCUGUAUGACCUUUGUAUUCGAUCCGACACCUGCUUUCACGGAAGAAGGUUGCCUUCAUUAGCGACAAAUUCCACUCCUCACCAAGCGAGCGGCCACAGCACCUCGAUAUGUCUUGGAAGCUGGCUGAGCUAAGAUGGCGUCAAGAAGUUGGGCUUCAGGAGACUUGUUGGGAAAGAAACAACAAGAUCCUGUAUGGCAGUAAUGUGCCAGCCGGGACAGCUUGCAGGCCCACGGUCACUGGACGUCGACGUUCUCAGACAAUGCCAUCGUGUGGGAAUUCUUCUGAUUACAUCUCAGCAUCUGUCGAUCAAGGAUUAUCGGCUUCGUCUCAAUUAUCUUCCGGAGGGUUUCGACCGCACCCAGACACACUCGCUCUUCCUUCAGUGUCGGCUUUGUCGACAACUCCUCUGCUCAAGUUCACUCAAACAAGACCAGAAGCGUUACUUCAGGACUCUGGUUAUGACAACGUCGACGACAGCCAUCUAGAGACUCACGACCAGGCAUCUCAGUUCCCGCCAGCGGGCACCCUUUCCGCUUCACAUGCAAGCACCGCGUCGUCUCCGCGAGCGCAGUUUGAUUUGCGUGAGAAGGGUUCUUUAUUUCCCCCGGAUUUUGCAUCUGCACUACAAGAGCCCUCAUCUAGUUCGGCGACAUCGCCUGAACACACCACUGCGGCUGCCGAAUUGGAAUUGACGUCUGUACCACUGGAAAGAACACUUUGUAUGCCACUCAAUGAAGACAGGCAGUUGACUCUGCUGACCAGUCAUAGCUCGUGGCUAUCAAUCACACACUCAAAGAUAUCCACUCAGAACUUCUUCUUUCACGUCAGAGAUAUCCACGACCACUGGACAUUGGCUACGUACACGGAGUUUCACAACGCCGCAGGGAUAUCAGCCUGACAUCGCCGUAUCAGCGCUUAUCGGUUUUCCAUCGUCACCGAGCUUCGGCCUUCACUUCUAUGCUGGCGAGGACGUACAUACAGGCGAUGAUAGUGCCUGGCCAGGCUUCGCGCUAGAUU